AAAAACCGGUGGUUGUUUCUCUUUUCUACUUUUUCCAACAUUUUUCAAUCUUUAAAAAAACUUUUUAUCUACUUUUUUAAGAUGGACAAUUAAUUACUCUUAUAAAAAAAUGCCUUCUUUCCUAGUCUAUUUGAAGGUUUCAAGCUGAAAAAUCAGAGAAGAUUUUACCCUCAUCAUCAGAAAAAUAUGGAAGAUUAUCAAAAAUCUGGACCGAAGGCUGGCUGCUUCGAAGUCAAUUUUUACUCGAAAAACAUUUCAUCACAACACAACAAUGACCCCAAAAUUGCAAACGUUACAGGAACAUUGUACAACACAAGUCCCGUUGACUCCUCCUACUCAUCUGCGGACAAACACAAGUCCAGUGAUAAAAGUAUCGUCAACGUGGAGAAGGCCAUAAGGAAGCAGUCCUGUUCGCAUGACAUCAGGCUUUACAGAAGGAGAUUCUUGAUGCUGUUCCUGUUCGCCCUCUGUUCGAUGAUGAACGGGUUCCCGCAGUUCCAGUACACGGUCGUAGCAGAUAUCGUAGCAUGCUACUACGAUGUCAGUCUAUCAGAUGUCAACUGGACUUGCGUUGUGUACAUGGUGCUCUUCUUGCCAUUAGUCUUUCCAGUGAUGUACCUCAUGGACAAGAAAGGUCUAAAAAUUACGUUGGUCAUUGGAGCUAUUUUAAAUUUUUUAGGUUCUUGGGUGCAAUGCUUUUCAUUUUCAACCGAUCGCUACCUCGUCAUCAUGGCCUGCCAAACCAUCUAUGCUUUGGGGCAGGUAUUUGUACUUAGUCUUCCCCCAUUCAUUGCCGGCGUCUGGUUUGGGGCUGGCGAAGUAGGACUGGCGUGUGCCAUGGGUGUCUUUGGCAAUCAGCUAGGCAUUGCACUUGGAUUCAUCAUACCACCAACAAUCAUGACAAACAAUUGUACAGAUCAAGUAGAUAUAUCAUAUGAGUUGAGCAUAAUUGCUUAUCCAAUGGCUGCUAUCAACACAAUCAUUCUAGUGGUAAUUAUUUUUGUUUUCCAAGAAAGGCCGAAGCUUUUUCCCAGCAUAGCUCAAGCAACUAAGCCUACAUGUAAAACAAACUACGCAAAAUCAUUAAAAAAACUUUUUAAUGAUAUGCCAUUUGUUUUGUUGCUUUUAGGAUACGGUUUGAUAACGGGAACAUAUUUUGCGAUAUCAACACUCAUGAACGAAAUGGUUUUAAUACAUUUUCCUGGCGAAGAAGUCGAUGCUGGCUGGAUGGGAGCCAUCAUGGUCUUCGCUGGAAUGAUUGGAUCCAUCAUUCUUGGGGCGCUUUUGGAUAAAACACACAAAUACAAAUCUCUAUCGUUGAUGGCUUUCAUUGCGAGCUUUUUGUCAAUGGUGGCGUAUUUAUUCUUAAUAAGGCUGGAAAAAAUCUGGAUACAGUUUCUGAUGUUCGGUUUGUUAGGGUUCAUUAUGACUGGAUAUCUACCUGCGGGUUUCGAUUUUGGCGCAGAAAUAACUUAUCCUGAACCGGAAGCUAUGUCCGCUAGUUUGCUAAAUGCUUCUACUCAGAUAUUUAGUAUAAUCCUCACGAAUAUCGCCUCGCCUCUGUUGCAGAUAUAUGGAGAUUUCUCGUCGAAUAUCUUCUUUUGUGCCUGUCUGCUGGUUGGGACAAUAAUUAUGGCAUGCAUGAAAUGCGAGCUGAAAAGAACAAAUGCAGAUCAAGACGCCGACGACACGAAACCGCAAUGAAUUCAGAAUUCUGUGUCCGAGAUUUCUGUUCCAAGUUUUAUAAUGCUGUAAAUGAGCAUGCGUGCAUCUUAUCUUACUAGGAAACCAACAUCUCCAGUGACCAAAUCGGAAACAAUUUUCAUUUUUUCCUUUCCUUUCCCACAUAUGAAUAUUUCUGAUAUAAAAAUGAGAUAGGUUUCCUCCAUGAAGAUAUUCUGCAAGAGAUCGAAGAAGAUAGCAAGUUGGAGACGCAGACAUAUUAUUACCCAAGAAAAAAUAGCGGUUAUAAAAAAUCGUUUGCUGAAAUCGUUCAAAAAAAAGUAUAGUGUUGUGAUAUUUUGAUUAGAGAUUUUGGCAAACGAUUUAUUUUCCUUCGAAAUGAUUUCAUAAAAUUUGAAAAUAUCUUGUAAAUAUUCCAAUUUUAUUGCAUUAAAAUAAUCCUUAUCGCCAAAAAAUUCCAUUUCAAUAAAAUGGGUCUAGAAUUGUGGGUUUUAUUUAUGUAAUGGACUAUGCAUGUUUUUAACUUAUAUUUUAAUAUGAUUGUCAUUGUUAAAAAAUUAUUUAUUUUAAAAAAAACAUUUGUUCUUAAUAAAUAAAAUGAUUUCUAAAAAAAAAUUCGUCAAUUAGGUUUCUGUGCGAAGAAAGAUAAUUAAAAAAUAUUUUUAUGUGUGUAUGGUGAAUAAA